UGAAUGUCCCUUAUGGAGGGGCUGGCUGCAGAAUCUGAAUCUUUGGAAAAGAAAGCCCUUUUCUCAAGGGUAAACCAUUGAUGCAAAAGACUUGACUCCAUAAUCUCCAUCUGCCCUAAUGCUGUCAUCUGGAGUAGAGACCCAGCCAGUUCCACUUGAUUCCUCCAUGUCUGCUGUGGUACAGGAUUUGUACUCGGAACUCUCAGUAAGUGUCUCCAAAGAGCUUCAUGCUGAGCAGGAGCCAAGUAAGAUUGCAGAUGUAAAGCCUGGAGCCUCAUGCUCUCCUCUAAGUCAUGGCUCUCCUCUAAGUCAUGGCAGGGCCUCACCCCUGGGGUUGCAGAGGACUCAUGCAGAAGGUUGUCGAGAAGAAAGCUCUGAGACCUUGGAUUGUCGGGGCAAGAAUGGGUGGUGCGGACUAGUGGAUCCUACAAGAGAUCCUGUGGCUUAUGAGAUCUUGGAUAGGGAAGAGAGACCCAAGAGAAUGGAGCCAAAGGUCUCCAGAGAUCAAGGAGACCAGGCACAAGUUUUCAGAGACCCAUGUGAGGGAGCAAAGGAAGACCCGUGCCAACAUUCCACAGCUACUAAAGAAAAGAUCUGCCCCUGUCAGGAUCUCCUCCUGAGACAAUCCAAUAAAAGACCUGUAUGUGCAGACCUCCCUGGAGAUCCACAAAAGAUCAGAGGAGAUGUACACAAUACAACUGCAACUCCGCCAGAACUCACAGAAGAGAGACAAGCAGGGAACUCUACUGUUUCCAAAAUGAGCAGAGGGAAAGAAGAGUCAUGUGACUUACACCCUCUCUGUGAAGAUGACAAUCACCAGCAGAGUCUCAGCCACUGCAAGGAAAAGCACAGUUCUGCACAUGAUAGCUCCAUCAUUAAAGGAAGCAUAGAUACUAUAAAGCCCUCGGAAGAAAAUUCUAAAAUUUUAUAUCUCACAUCAUUUUUGUCUGGUCCAAAAUCCUUAGAAAAAUGUGGUUUUGAAAGCAGUGGAUUGAUAAAGGCAUGUGCUGAAAAAACCCAGAAGGUUGAUCAAAUCAAGGACUUCACUUGUGGAGAAGAAAGGACUGUGGAAUCCAGUAACCACAGCAACUGUCACACUGAAGCUGGUUGUUCCUGUACAGACAGCUGUACUUCCAUGUGUAAUUCUUCUACUGAAGCCACAGAAAUUAUGUUUAAAAAAACCGAUGUGAAAAUUACUUUAAACCUUCAUGGUAAUUUGAUAAACUCUGAGGACCAUAGAAAAACUGUUGAUGUGACCCAUCCUGAGAAACGCUCUGAGGAAAGCAGCUUUUCCUUGUUGGUGCAUAUUGGAGAACCUGAACAAACAACUGUAAAGUCCAGUGCAUUAAAUGGGAAGAUUUACAGUAAGGAUGCUACUAAGUCUGUAGUCAGCAUCCAGAGGAGUCUGGGUGACUCUCUGCCAAAUACAGCAUUGUGCAACAACUUUCUGUCUGAAAGAAAGCCUUCUCAGAGUUUGAUGUCAGAAGACCCAGGACGUUCUGAACAUAAUGAAAUAUCAAAACCCACGAAAGGUACUGCAAAAUUACCAUCAUCUCCAGGAAAACCUGUUCAGACCUCAUGUGACAGCAUCUCACAUUUUGAUGAACCCAUCACCACCUGUGAGAUGAGUGAACGUUCUCCUAACCGAGCCCUGGUUGCACACAAAAUAGAGCAUGAAUGUGUUUCACAUCAACAAGUGUCCCUUAGUUCUCAAGACCAUGUGACAACUGACUCUCUAAGUAUAAACAGAGAAAUGCCUUCAGCAACAUGCAGAGAUGUUCAAGAGAGCCAUCAUUCUCUGGAGAAUGGNGUAAAUGUUACCCCUGAUACUCAAACCAUUCCUGCUGAGACAAAAAUGGAAGCCAUGUCUCCACAAGGUGACAGAGCCUGUGGUGCCUCUUCAUUCAUACAAACCUUAAACAACAAAACAAGAAGCUCAGAAGGGCAAAAAGAAAUGACUGCUGUACAUUCCACGUUCUUCUCAAGUGUGAGAGGAACAGCUGCCUCUUCCAUUGUCACAGAGUGUCAAAAUGUCCAGUCUCAGGAUGCCUUCAGCUGUCACUGCAUAACACGAGAUGCAUCUGAAAAGAACACAUGUUCUGCUUGUGCUGCCUGUGAACCGAGAAAAGAUUCUCUGAAAGUUAGCAACUGUAAAAUCAAAUGUGGAAAUACAUCUCAGGAUGGUAAUCACUGUUCCCAAAGACCAGAAGGUUUUGUAGAAAAGAGCACNCUCUUGGAGNGUGAACCUGCUGGGAGAGAAGUGCAAAGCAGCUUUCUAGGAGGCAAANUCAGAAGUGCAGUGGCAGCAGCUGUGACACAUAGUGCUUCUCUGAACACAGCCACUCACAUGGAAACUGGUGAUGAAGGACUGCUUGGAAAGAAACAAGAUNAACACANAGNCACUGAGAUUUAUAAACACAGCAUCUCUGCUUGUGACACNCAAGAACUAAAGCAAUCUGCAAACAUUCCAAGUCCUGAAACAUUAGUGGACCAGUCUCUGAGUGUUAUUUCAUCUCAUUUUAAAACCAUGUACCAAGCAGCUGAAAAUCUNCANCAGAAAGCAGAUGAAGUCUCNGACUGUCAGAGUAACCAAAAUAGUCUAGACAANUGCAGAUGUGAAGGUAAGCCAGCCGGGGAAGGACUAAAUGGUGACUCUGGAGAGACCGUCCCUGAGGUCAGCCACAGGCAGAAGGAUCUGACAGUCAGCUCAGGCAGUAAAGUCCCUCUGUCUUGUGGUGGUUUAAAGAUAAAAGAUCCCAAAAGAGCCUUUAUAGAUAUUCCUGGUUCUGAAGAGUUCACACACAGUAUGCUAGAUGUCAUAUGUCCAAACUGCACAGAUGAGCCUCCAGAGAGAGUGCUGGGUGUGGAAGCAUCUAGUCUGUCUGGUCAUUGUACAAGGCAAGAUACACUGGCAUACCACGAGACUAUAAGAAGUACCUCAUUGCUUCGAGGAGAACUGAAUUUUGGAUUUAAAGGUACAGAACUCCCAAAUGCUGCUGUUGCUUCUUCAGUAGACUCUCCUGAAAUACAAAAAUCACGUGAAGAAAAAGUAUGCAACUCUCUAAAAGACUAUGAAAUGGAAGACUGUCCAGACUCCUCCAUUGAUCAUGAAGGAAAAUCUGCUGUGGAUCAUGAACCAAAUCUAAGAGCACUGGAUAGAGGAGGUGUAUCUUUAUACUCCAUUCAUUGUGAGCAUCAAGGUAAAGGAGGAUCCCUGAUAGAAGGGCUGAGACUUGAAGCAAAUUCUGAGUUUGGCAAGAGGAAAACCUUUGGAUUAUCCUUAAAAGACUCAGUGUCUCCUGGGGGCCAAGACUCUAUCAAGAUGGUGCAUUCUUGUCUGUCUUCUCGGGAACAUUCACCAGCUGGUGUUUAUGAUGAAAUUCCUAACUCAAAACAUCACUUUAAACCCAAAGAUGAUGAAAUGCUUUGUGAAAAUGUCAAGGAUUGCACAGUCCUUUCUGACAUGAAGGAAGGAAUACCAAUGGAUUUGCAUAGUGAAGGAGAUAGCACAUACAUCAGUGUCAACAAAAAUGUUUGCAAAACUUGUCACUCUCAUAAGAAUUCCAUUGAUAAACAUUUGCCUAUGACAAUGGAAACAGCAAUUAGAAUGAAUAAAGAAGAAACUGAAAAACAUCAGAUGGGACUACUGGGUCACAUACCUGUNGGAGAAGCAUCUGAGGAGACUAUCACCAGAGAAGGUCAUGGUGGUAAUUCCCAGACCCACUUGAAAUGCCAGAGAGUGCAAAAUGUUACUGAAGCCCCACAANACCNGGGAGCUGUGGACUCUGCCUUGCCAAAGGAAGNNUGUACGCAUCAAAAGGGCACACAUGCACUGCUGGAACAACACUUGUCAUCAGGCACAUUGUCAGAUGAGAUGCAGGAUAAGCAACCUGUGGCCGACCAAGAAGAGUCCAUCCUGAUGGGAGCAAUCGCCCUAAGAAAGCCAUCCAAGGACAGAAUUGCUAGACAGCUUCAGAGGUUGAAAUACCCCAAAGAAGAAAGCUUAUGUCAUUCAUUAAAGAAAGACACUGAGUUAUGCACAGGUACUUGCCUUCCUGGUGCCUCCUGGAAAAAACAUGACCCCAGCUUUGCUGGAGGUGACCGAAUACACGGUGCCUUUGUGACUCUGUCACAUCAGCAAAGACUGCUUCCUGUAAAGAAGCAGCCGCAUCGGACGUGUAAGAGAAUUUCCUGUCAGGAGCUGGUCACUGUUCGGAAAAAAAUAAGUAAAGUGAGAAAUUCUGAUUGUGGAAAGAGUUUCUCUAACCCAAUCCCCACAAAAGCACACAGACUUCUCAGCCCAUGUAAGCCAUUGGAAUCUGAAACUGUAGCUAGCGAGAGCUUGUGUAGCCACAUACCAAAGCCGAAGGCUACUCUGUGCCAUUCCUUGAGGAGCCUGAGUUGUAGGAAGCCUACCAAAGAAUCAGCCUUACUAAACAAGCUNUCUGUCCUUGCCUCCAGACUGACAAUGGCAACAAAGCCCCAGAAACUCAGAUAUCGGCGGCGGUAUUCCUCUUCCCUUGUUCCAUUGGCUAAAAACUACAAGCGCCUCAGAUAUAAAAAGCUCCUAGAUGGAUUUUCACAUAAUGCAAUGCAGCUGGACCCAUAUUUGACAGCAACUGGGUGGAAUAGAGGGUUUAACAGUAGGCCCUUGGCACUUUAUUCUCUUGAAGCUGUUAAAAUGAGCUUCAUAGAUUUGAGCAACAAGAUGCCGUCACUGCUGUUUGGUACGGAAAACGUCCCAUUUUCCUUUCAUGUGAAAUCAUUGUCCAGCUGCAUGGCUGAGUCCUCCAGGACUUUUCCUGAGCACUGCGCUCCAUCGAGGCUUGCCUUAACAGAGGCCUCCCAGUGCUCAGCUCCAGCUCCCAAGUGGACCUUCUCUUUUUUCUUGUCCCAUGGUUGCCCUGGGAUGGCCACAUUCAGGGAAGUCACUGGCCUCAGUAGUCAGACACACACUCAGGCUCCUCUCCAAGAAUAUGGAGGCACUGCCAUAGUUCAGACCAGGGCAGACCGCUCUGGCCUUGGCCUUCACACACUUCUAGCACUUUGUUCACCCGGAUGUUACCGAAUCUGGACAAAAAGACGGAACUUCUCCAGUAAUAUGCCUAUCAUGCAGAGGCUCUUCCUGACCCAGUUUACACAGGGACUAAAAGGGUUAAGGUCUCCAGCCUCAGCAGAUAAGGUCUUCUGUUCUCUGCCCUACUCGGUGGGCCGGGUGUUGUCCCUUUGGAGCCAGCACGGGCCCUCUUGUACCUUCAAAUUGCCAGCUCUUCAUUCCACUCAUAGCAAGCAGCAGGGGAGCCUGAGCGCCCCGAGCAGCCACACCACCAUACCAAAUGUGCCUCUUCCAGGCAUGGGAGAUGUCCACAACACCAACAGCAGUCACCUGAGGCUAGAGCCUGUGUUUCCUGCCUUGUUGCCAAAGUCUUGCUUGGUAACAGAAGCCGCUGUCAGCACGCUGCUGCUCUCUGCCUCUGAGCUCGCGGCGGCUCCUGGCUAUGAUGAGCUGGAUGGUGUGUCAGCAGCCUGCCCCCGACCACAGAGCAGCCCUGCACAGCAGAAAGAGGCUGAGCCAGAGAAGAGACCAAAGAAAGUCUCACAGAUCCACAUCCGGAAAAUUAUCCCUAAACCAGAUCCCGACCUUACCCCAAUGGGCCUGCCUCGGCCCAAAAGGUUAAAGAAGAAGGAGUUUAGUUUAGAGGAAAUCUAUACAAACAAGAAUUACAAGUCUCCUCCUGCUAGCAGGUGUUUAGAGACCAUCUUUGAGGAACCCAAAGAACGAAAUGGUACCCUUGUCUCUAUCAGCCAGCNGAAAAGGAAGCGUGUUCUGGAAUUCCAGGAUUUUACCGUCCCUCGAAAGAGACGAGCUCGAGGUAAAGUGAAGCUGGCCGGCAGCUUCACCAGGGCCCAGAAGGCGGCUCUGCAGACUCAGCAGCUGGAUGCUCUUCUGAUUCAGAAGCUGAUGGAGCUGGAGACUUUCUUCGCCAAGGAGGAGGAGCAGGAGCAUCAGCCAGCUGCUGAGAACAGUUCCGGGCCUCCAUUCUGAACUUCUGCACACCUCCCUGGAAGAGGUUCCCUGAUUUUAAGCCCUGUGCCCAAACCACUCACAAUGCCCAGCCCAUGACUUUUUACUUAUUUCAAGGUGCAGCCUUUUUAGAAGCUGGUGAAGAAGGGCCCUCUAAUUCUACUGCUGAGUCUAGAGCCUCAGGAANGCUCCCUUUCUCCUGGGAAUGGCCCUGAGUGACCAGGCCACCUCCUUCCNGUCUCCCAUCACAGGUGGAAAAGCCACACAUCUUAAGCAACACUAGGAAUCUAAGGCCUCGUUGUCUGUGAGUCCACACGAAAGCUCCUCUUCAUUCAUGGUGCUGCUCGCCCAAGAUGACUUAGAAACCUGGCCUGGGGAGGACCUGGCUGCCUGGCCUUGUGUUCUCACCAACUUGUUAUGGUGACUGAGAAAGAUGAACUGGUGUGUUUCCUGACUUUGAUUCUGUCUGCCCAGGACCUUUAUUCUGAGAGAAUGUGUGUUUGUGUGUGUUUGUGGCUUUUCCCCAUCUUUUCUCCCAUCUGUGACUGCGGGUCACUAGUGCCAGAGGAGCCCGUCCAGGCCCCAACGUAAGUUGCACUUUUUAAUGUUAUGGUGUUGAUUAUUUUCAUUUUUUUCUUAUUUUGUUUUUUAUUAUUGCUGCAUGUUUGGGGUCUCUAAAUGUGAUUUUAAACCAUUUUGUAAGACAUUAAGGAGAAAGACAAUAUAUGUCUUAGGAGAAUAGGAGACAGGCAUUGAUCAGCACAUGGAGGGGCAGUGUUCCCAAUCAUGUGUUUCAGGCAGCCCUCCCCCACCCCCAGCUUUUCAUGUAGUUCACUAGAGGAAGCACUUUUUCACCUCCUUCUCAGUCCUGCCCACUGAAUACACAUGUUUAGUGACAUGCAUAAAAGCAGAUUUCUCUCGUAACCACUUAAAAAGUGUUAAGGUGGAGUGUGGUUUUCUCUGAAAUGUUGGUAUAUGGUGAAGUUAGCAGUGGUGUCAGAGGCUGACCAAGAGCAUCUUCAGCUGCUAGAGUGCCUGGUUCUGUCAAAGGCCAGAGCCAGUGCUCUCUGAGAGUGCCUCGUGGACUCUGCUCCCUCGUCAAACCUACUGGAAAGGUUUGCAUGCNACAAGUAGCACAGUUUCUAGGUUUGCGCCCAGAGGAGUCUGCAGGUGGUAGGCUGCGUCGUCUGAGCAGCAGGCCCUCAGAGCUCACCCUCCCAGUGUCCUCGCUAUGCUCCUUCCUCUCCUGUGUGUUCUCAUCCCACCCUCUCCCAUUCAUUCUUCACACCUACCACUCAGAGGUCAGAAGAAACUGCUUGGCUGAUGGCUUAAGAUGCUCAAGCUAGCUACUGAACAAUGCUCAUUUCUUCCCAUUCUCCUGGCUUGGUCCAGGGAUAUUUCUCUGUUCGUCUGUAGAGAAGAGUGAGCAGUGCUGUCCUGGAAUGUUGGCCAACGCUUCUAGGAUUCUUUCAUUCCCCAUUUGUCAGUGGCUAAGGAGAAGGGGCACCAGUUCAGGGUCUUUAUGUGCCUUUCCUUUAAUCAGUAAACUGGACAUAAGUAUGGGAAAACGUAUCAUGUCCUUCACCUCCUCAGCUGCUUAAAUAAGUUAACACACACCUGCUGGCCUGUGGAGACUUGCAGGUCAUAGCUCUAUCACAGAAGACAACAGGCUAGUUUGCACGAUGGUCUUCAGCAGUGUACGCAGAUCCUGGUUUACACAUGAUGCCCAGACCAUACAAAUGUGACCUGUGUUCACCUGAAUCUCUCUCCCUCGUUGGGGCAGGAGUUUUAGUUACUCAGUGCUUCUGAACCCUGUNUUGUUACUUCAGGGACUGAAAUGAGUUACACAUUUUGCCCUUCUACAAGUACAUCUGAGACACUGUACGUUAGACAGCUUGCAAGCUAGUGGGCAGUAAACAGCCAUUCAUCAGUUUAACCACCAUGGUUACUGGGGCAUCAGAUUAUCCAGAAGACAAUAAGGUGGGGUGUCCACAGCUGGGGUACCACCAGCAUACAGACCUCUAGAAUUUGUCCAUGACUAGUGUGGCAUGUAAGAGGCUGGAAACACUGGUCUGGACUCUUAGCAUCUCGGAGCACAGGACUUGUCCUGNGAAUGGAAGAGGAAAUCUGCCAUCUUGGUCUGCCCUCUGGCUCAGAACUAAGAGACUCAGUCACUCCUGUCUUACCAUCAUGUUUCACAGUGGUCAGCCAGCCUCAGAGACACCUUAGUGUCCUCAGAACCGUGGUCUUUGACAAUGACUGGAGGUGGUGGCUGCUGGCAUGUCACCUGCCAAACCUAUAGAUUGGUUCUGUAAAGGUAGAAUUUCUGAGGAUGGGGACUUCCCACCCAAGUGAUGAGAAGCUGCCAUUAAGCACAACAUACCUAGCUGUAGCUCACCUCGGAAGUUUAGUGUUUUCAUGAUUAUGGGGAAAGAAGAGAAAUCUCAGGUCCAGCCAGANUUNAGUCGUUUCCUUGGCCACCUNUCAGUCUCUCGCCAGAGCANCCUCCUNCCUCACUAGUGCCUGUCUUCUUUUCCUCCCCUGCUGUCCCAUCCCGCCUCUCCAUCCAUCUAGAUGUACCUCAUCACCUGUUAAAGCAGAUUGUGUCUGUCUUCCUGCUGCCCUUACUGUAAGAGCUGACUGAGAGAGGUGCAGUGGGAAGAGAUGAAGCUUUUUUGCCUUACUCGAGCCUGAAGAGCUCAGAAACUCAUGCUGUGAAUCCUAAACUUUGUGCUCCUCCAAGAGCUGUGAAAAUCAUGACUUUUUUUUUUUUCCACAAUUUUGCCUGAAAGGGUCUUCUGUGAGGGCUCCAGAGACAGCCUGAGGUCAGUUCUAGAUCCCACCCUCUGGGCAUCCUUCCCCUGGGUGUGUCCUCUGCCCACCAGGCUAAGAGCAGCAGCAAGUCUGCAGGGCUGUGGCAGCAGGUCCGGGGCUGCAGUGCAGCCAAGUGGACACAGCCCUCCAUCUCCCCAGGCUGGGGCUCAGUCUCCUCUGUACCAUGUGCAUUAAGAUCUGUGCAAGACCAACUUUUAGGUUGUNAUACUUUCCUCCUGGUACCUGGGGGGAGGGGAGUAUGCAGUUGGUGCUUUCUUUAAUAUCCUUGGUUUGUUUCUAUAGCUUUUCCCCUGGUAUCAUGAAAAGGGCCUUUUUAAUGACCACAUUGUGGGUGGCUGUAUCCAAAGCAUAAAUAAUUGGCCAGUGGUAUAGAAUGUCCUCAUCUGCAUUCCUGUCAGGAGAGGGCUACUUUCCUGGACUGAACUAUAUAGAACUGGCUAGGAAGAUGAGUUAAAUUUUGUUCAAAUCACAAUUAAUUAAUAUUCCAAUUUAGCCACACUUUGACCAGCAAAAGCUAUCUUGGUUGUGAAGCUGGGGCCCUCAUUUAGCCGCCAUCCAGCCCAGCAUGCUAAAAUCUGAGGCUCGUUCUGUCUUUAUAAGACUGUCUGGUGUUGGUUGGAUUUUAAUUCUCAACAAGAGAUCUCCUUAACCUAGGAUCUGGGCCAGUAAGUUGCUGUCCCAAGUGUUCCUGUAUUAUCAUGGCUAAUAGUUCAGUGAAAUGUAAUGCUAGUAUACAUGAUACCCUACAGUUCCUUUUCUGUUUGAUAGUUUGUGACUCUAAAUGCCCACUGUUACAUUAAUUAAUUUAUGGAAAUAAAUUUUUCUUGAAAACCA